GCGACGCCCGAAGUUAAAGCGUCGGCUCGGACGCGUAUUCCACAUCAGAGAACAUUCCUUAUUCCGAACCACGGCGACCUUACUAUACUUCCAGCCAUUUUUUCCGUCUUAGAUUGUCCCUGGACAAGUUUUCCAAGAAGAAUCGGCAUCGUUUUGGUGGUUUCUCGAGUCCAGGACUGCACCAUUCGCUCAAACGUCGCCUAGGGAAGUGUUUUGAUCCUUGUCUCACGACCAAUUAGUGUUUUUGUUGUGUCCUCAUCUAGUUUAAGGUUUAUUUAUACUCUGCUUAAUGUUGAAACGUCACUGGAGUGUCUUAAUAUCACCGAAAGAAGUGAAAGACUAGGUUAUUAUAUCAUAGUUCCGGAUACGGAAGUGUUUUGAUCCUUAUUUCACGACCAAUUAGUGUUUUUGUAGUAUCCUCAUCUAUUCUAAGGUUUAUAUAUCCUCUAUUUAACGUUUAAUCUGCAUUGGAGUGUCCUAAUAUCUUCCAAAGAACUGUUUUGGUUGUUUAUUGACGUCAUAUAUAUCGGAGUUUUGAUUCUUAUAUUACGACCAAUUUUUGCUGUUUAGUGUAUGUUUUCGCUUUUUUUGAGACUUCUUUACAUUUUUAAGAGAUUUUUUGAUGAUUUAUUAUCAUCCAAGACAGUUUAAAACAUCUACUCCUACUCAAAACCGUCUACCUAUUAUCUUGAUGUGUUUAAAGCCAGUUAGACCAUCAAUUUCUUCAACUAAAUCGUUGAAAGCUUUUUUAUCAUUGAAAAUGCACGCGAAGCUUCAGAAUUGAACUACAUAUUUACAGUACCACCAGACUUUAUCUCGUAUGUGAACAGUGAUGGUGGCGGACGUGGUUGAACUUUGCGGUGGUGAAUCGAGGUGGCGAAGGGAGCUUUGGCGACGUGAUGGUGCGUUGUGAACCGGGCCUAAGGUCGAGAGAUGCCCGUGAGCACGGGAACGACGUCAUCGGUAGCAGCUGGGACUACGUCAUCGGCUCUGUCUUCCGGCAUCGGGAGUGCAGAAGGACCUAGCAGAGCGAAGCGGUGCAAAUUUUGUGACGAAUCCAGCCACCGCAGUGACCAGAGCAGCGGUUACUGGCAGCUGCAGCUGGACCGCGACCUCUUCGACACCAUCUCGGCCAUCUAUCCCGAGUGGUUCAGGGGCGGCGGCGACAUGACCGACAGCGGCGGCGGUGUAGGAGGGGGAGGGGGCGGCACGACGGGAGGCAGCCGGACGGGGUCCCCGUUCAGGGAGUCGCCCCCCAAGGCCAUCAUCGACACGUCGCCGAUCCUGAUGGAUCAAAACAAAGAAUCUUUAAAGGUGAAACUUCUUUUGAGGAGGCCUUUGGAUCAGUUGGUGGCGCAGGGUAUUAUGCCACCUCAUGGACAACGAAAAUCAGUCGAACGUGCGAAAACGGGUGACAUUCUCAAGGCCAAGAUCCAGCAGCGCCCUCCACGUCAAGAGCUGGAACGACGCCACAUUCUCGAAGCCGAUGCGCUCCACGCCGACCCGAGCCUCGCCGAGCGCCAGCGCAUGCUCAAGAAAGCCCGCCUGGCCGAUCAGCUCAACGACCAGCUCUCCCACAGGCCCGGACCUUUGGAGCUCAUCCAGAAGAAUAUCCUUCACACGGAGGAACCCAUCGAACAGGCGGUCAAAACUGGAAAGAUCCCUUAUAAAGCCACAAGCGAGGGAGCGUUGAAACGGCCACAGCAUCCCCAAAACUACAUUAACCCCGAAGAAGACUCUCAAGGUAGUUCGGAGGGUGAUACGGUAAGCCCUGGACCUAGUGAUGUGAUUGAAACGGCGGCGAAAUCUGCGGGAAUUGUGGUGUCUCUUAUACAGCCCGCUGAAGGGACAGUGGUGCUAACAGCGACAAAUAAUGGACUGAACAAAGACAAUAGUGAAUUCGUUAUCGCUGAUUUAUGCCGGUCUGUGCCAGGAACUUUAUUAUCUCAAGCUAGUGCGUCCAGUCCAGCUUCUCUGGUCUCGUCCACGUCGACUUUAAGUCCUCUAUCUUCGGUAGCUAGUCCAGUUCCUUCCAUAGCUUCUCAGCCAGCUACUCCGGCACCUAUACCACCACCUCCGCCUCCACCUAUUUGUAAGCUUACUCAUGUCAGUUCUAAGAGCGACGCUCCGGGUAAGGAUAAGAAUAGGAAGAAGUCGAAAUCGAAAUCGGCACCCAAAGCGCGCACGAUCAAAUUCCACGAGUACAAAGGCCCUCCGAGUGCUCAAAAGAGUAGUAGUAACAGUGGUACAUCGGGCGAAAGUUCUUACGACUUGCUGUUGAAACAACAAACGCUUCUAUUACAGUUUCAGUUACAACUACAACAUAAAUACCCUCAAAUUAUCUUGCCGGCUCAGAAAUCUACAAGCGAAAGUUCAAAUUCCAGCUCAACUACUGUUAACAACAAUACUAACAAUGCGAUACUAAAUAUCCAACAGCACUCUCCGGCAACUUCAACGACUAGCGAAUCUUCGUCUACUCCUAGCAGGAUAAUGGGUAGGCUCGAGGAUAUGAAAGUUAAUGAUCUAAAAGCUGAACUAAAACGAAGAAAUAUGCCAGUGUCUGGCCCUAAAACUCAACUAAUCGAACGACUUAAACCUUUUACUAACCAGUUAAUCAGUUCAGAUACCAUCAUAAUAAAUCCUGGCUCAGUAGACUCUUCCGUACACAGCAACGACCAGUCUCAGGAUCUAGGCUCCCCUCAAGAACUACUAGUCAAAGAAGAGUCGUCCCAGGAAUUUAUGGAAUUAGGCGAUCCAAUGAGCCCUGCACCACAAACAUCUAUUUCCGAGCCACUAGCGAGUCCGAUAACCAGCGAGGACCUGGUUAGGGAACAACAGAGACAGAUAGAAGUUUUGCAAAGAGAACUUGCGGCAAGUCAGUUGAAGAUUCAAGCUUUAGGAGGAGGGAAUACGCGUGCGGAGCUCCAGAAACAUCUCCAGGCUAAACAACAACAACAACAAGCCCAGCAGUUACAGCAGCCGCAGCAUCACCAACAACAACAAAACUUGGCUAUGCAAGUUAAACAGUUGCAAGCGUUGCAGGCCAAACAGAUUCGAGUUAACGAAGAACAGCAACGAUUACAGCAACAACAACACGUAGCUUUCCAAAACCAAAAGAACUUGAACGGUUUAUUAUUAAACGGUAAUGACGCGAAAACUAUGGGGCUGGUGCUGAACGGGACGGAUGUAGCUUUAGUGAGGCAGUUGAUACAAGGCAAGGGAGCUAAACUGAUAAAUGGGCAUAACAGAACUAAUUCCUUACCAAAUAAUAUUUUAACUUCGAUAGUUGAGCCAGAGCUCAAACGAGAGUAUAUUGAGAACGUAAAACAGUAUCCUGGUGCCAAGGGUCAUGUGAACAACGAACCUAAACCUCCACCGUUGUAUGAGGAAGCUACGAAACAGAAAAAGAGUGGAAUUAAAAGCCAGGUAGUGGAUGACGUCCUCGAUAUCCUAAUUAAGAAUGGUGAGCUACCACCGAGCGCUGCGUCAUAUCCUUCCACUCCUGGAUCGGCCGGUACAAAAAUACAGGAACCGAUUUAUCCAACCGCUCCACAACAAAGCGUCGGGGAGUCUCAAGAAAACGUCCAGAUAUACGAGGCUGACACCGCAGACCCUAACGCACUGUCCGGGAUUGAUCCUAAUGAAUUCCUGGACACGAUCGAUAAUCUAGAGUAUAUGGAUUUCAGCCAGCUGAUGGACAUGGGCGGGGGUGUUUCCCAACAGGAAAACAACAACGUUGUUAGCCAGGACAGCAAUAAUUACAUUGUUCCUAUGGAUACGGACGAGUGGCUGGAUGCACUUAUGCCAAACGAUAAUAAUUUUUCUGGCACAAACGGGAGCGCGACUACAAAUUCCCUACAGCAAGAAGUGCAGGACUUGGGUACAGGAUACGACCCCUUGCUGGGUCUAUCGCAGGACGAUACAUUCGACCCUUUUAACUUGGAGGAGUUUCGGUCGUCGGCUGAUCUGACUCUGUCCUGGGAUCGGAUAGACUAUGCCGCAUAGUUUCGUUUAGUUGAUAGUGUAUUUUAGUUUGUCAUUCGCUUUUUCCAAGGAUGUGACGCGACGGUUCGACGACACUACACUGACAUUCCACGUAAUCGAUAAAGAAAAUAAAAUGGCCGCCGAUUCGCCAUGAAAGUUUUAGAAAUGGUCUGGGACCAAGGCGGUCUCACUGUCGAGGAACUCGCUCACAUCAAUCUUAUAGCGAUCGGGAUGAUUUUUUACUACUUUAGGUUGUUUUCUAGUGAAACCUGUAAUGGUUUGACACCAAAUAAAUUUGAUAUGUGACUGGGUACUGCAUUCUUCGCAGACUGUUAGAUAGGCUUAAUAAAACCACAAAAGAUUCUUUAGUGAAACAUAUAUUUAACUAUGGUUUUUGCACUAGAAAAGAGGCUAAAGUUAUUAUUCAGCGUUUUUAGAAUAUAUCAUGUGCAAAUAAACCUACUAAAUAGUCAUAAAUAGGAUGUGACAAGUACUGUCUGUACCCUGGUAAUAAGAUUGUUAUUUCAAAUUAUAAGGAUUUUAGAUGUAUGCUUCAGGAAAUAUUUACAUUAAUGAUGUAAAUUAAUGAUGUAUUCAAAAACAAAUCAUCGAUAGGUUGAAAUAACAAUGUUUAUGUUAUCUGAUAAAACUGAUAAAACCCAAAACAUAGAAAUAAAUGGGUUAAAAAUGCACCAAAUCGUAGUAAUACUGUGUAGCUUAUAUAUCGUCCGUUUGCUUCAAAAACUCAUUAAAUCAAGAAUGUCAAAAGAAAAUUGAAGAACUAAAAAUAUAUAAGCAAGUGGUAUAUUUAGGAUUCUUUUUAAUAAAUAUUGCUUUUUAAAACACAACUGUGUAUUCGUUCCUAGUGUUUACACUGGUAAUAUAAUACAGUGUAUAUCAAUUAAAAACAGGAGAAAUGAUGCCCCAAUAAUUCUUAGAGCAACCUAACGAUAUAUUUUACUUAAUUAAAUAAACAUUGGUUAUUUCAAUUUCUCAUUUUGCGAAAAAUAAGGUAUACUUAACAAUUAAAACUAUAUUAUUCAAAAUAAAUAUAGUUAGGGUUUUAGUAGUAGCUAAA